AUGUCCUCUUCGGAUAUAUUUGAUGUGUUAAACAUCCAGAAUCACCGGGCAGGUAGUCCUGGGUCUUCUGGUCAAACGCCUGUACCUAGUCGAACGCCAAAACCGCAGGUUAGCGGGAUGCAGCGAGAGCUUUACAAUCUUUUGGGAGACAAUACACCACCAAUUGCGGUUCAAAAGGGGAGCAAGUUCAAAGAUAAAAUGAGAACCAUGGCGAAGCCGUCCCCUUGGAGUUUUGCUGAAUUUGAACCCAGACAAGCAGUGAAGCUGAGACAUUGGGUCAAAGGAUCAAAAGAAUUGGUAGAACAACAGUCUCAAGUAAGUUCAUUUGAGAAAUUCAAUACCAAACUCACCAUUCCAGAGUUUACAGAAGACGAAUAUAACUCUUUUAUGAGUGGCAAAGAUGAAAGAAAAGAUGCUCUACGAAAUUGGAGCUAUCAGAACGUUCGACAGCUUUUCGAUAAUUGUAAAAAGUACGACAUGCGAUGGUUUAUUAUACAAGAUAGGCUCGAAUUGGAAGGCGACUACUCUUUAGAAGACUUGAAGGAGUUAUUUUAUCUCGUGUGUCGCAACUAUUUUCUGGCCAAAAGCCCGAAUAACCCUCUUAUAGAAACACUUUCUUUUUCGAAGGAGAAGGAAGUCGAGCGUAAAAGGUAUUUACAGAGGCUGCUAUCGAGAUCAGCUGCUGAAAUUGCUGAGGAAGAAGCCUUGAUUGUGGAGUCCAAGAAAUUUGAAAUGGCGGCAAAGAAAACGUCAAGUGAGAGGGAGAGUUUAUUGCGACUAUUAGAUUCUCCGAAUUCCGAUAAGCCUAUUGCUCAAUUUUUGACGUCUCAAGGUAUGACGCAGCUUUACAAUAGCUUGCUGUCCGACAAAACUAAGAAACGAAAAUACGAGCAAACAGUGCCAGAGAAUCCAUGGAUGAAACAGCAACAGCAGUUUGCUCAACAAAAGCAGCAGAUGCAACAGCUCCAGGAACAGAAAGUUGUUACCAAUAAUAAUAUCGCCAAUGAUCAGAGUCAAGUCAAAAAGACGAAAAAGCAGAAGCAGGAGAUGCAAAUAGCCGUCAAAAGGAAAGCUGAUAGCGAGUACGCCGAGCAAUUGCUACAGGGGUUUACUUCAGAAGAACGAAAGACCUUGGGCGUGCAAACUCACGGGGAGAAAUUGCCUUCUGGAGCUUACCUCAGGUCUAGCCGAAUCUCGACCUUUAAGGCUGCAACUCAAACCAAGAUCGCAGCUACCCUGCAAGAGUUGGAGCUUCCUAGUAGGCCCGCGAUGCCGACAUAUCAGGUCGUGCAUAAUCAUGAAAUCUUGCUUGCGCGCAUCAACAGCAUGCUUGACUUGAAAAGGCAGGUUGAUAAGUUAGAAGCAGAAAAAGACGUCAAGAGGUAA